CUUGAUAAAUUUGUUAUUCAACCAGCCCACUUUAACAAAAAACAAUGCAAAAUUGUAUUAAACUUUUGCCGCUGGCACUAAAGUGCAAUCAGCGAGCUAUUAGCACAACUGCACCAAUGGCUGGAAAGCGCAACUUUCGUAAAUUUAAUGUGUAUGGCAAGCGUGGAACACGUGUGGUAAAAGAAGCACAGCGGACGCUAGCAAAUCCGGCGGUAGCCAUACACAAACGAGGAGUUCGUGAUACAGGCAUUACAGUUAAUGGCCAAUAUGUGGAAAUACCAGAGAAAAUACCCGACAUUAUAGUGCCAGAUCUAACCGGCUGCAAAUUGAAGCCAUAUGUGUCCUACAAAGCGCCCGAAGUAAUACAAUCGGAAUUUACCAGUUUGGAUCUCUUCAACGCCGUCUAUUCCCAAAAGAUUAUAGAGGACUUCAAGGCUGGCAAACUGGAGGCCGAUGGCAGCGCGACGGAACCUUCACCCAACGAACAGCUAACGCCAGAGUUAGCUCUGCAGCGUGCGCGUAAAACGGGCAGUGAUAUUUUUUAGACAUGCACACAUGCU